AUGACCACAAAGACCAAAGAGGUGAUCAAAACCCAUCACUCACAUUCAGACGUUCACACCUUGCCUAUCCAGGGUGAAAACGAAAGUACGAAAGGAGUGGGAAAUCGUGAAAGCAGGUGAGUAGUGUGAACCAGUUGACCGGUUUUUAAUUUCUUCAUGGAGGAUCUGCAUGUGAAUGACCUGCCUUCUUAAGUCCUUCGCUAAUAUUGCUAUCACAUUUUACUGUCGCAAUUUAGUUAAAUGUGUACUUACCUAUAAGCAAUGCAGUCCAAAACAUAUUUAGCCACUAAGUCCCAUUAUGUUCAGUGAAAUAUACUUCCUAGUGUGUUUAGGAUUGCAGCCUUUUUAACAUGGGGCACAAUCCAGCAAUUGAAAUUAGGAGGGCUUAUAAUGGUUUAAAGUCAGCUGAACUUUGUUUUUUACUUGGCUAGGCCAUGCCAUGCCACCUUAUAUAUUAAACAUCCUUUAAUUGUAACUGUAUGAUUGCUGAAAACGCUCUUUAGUUUUGUGACUCUUCUUGUCUUGUUGACACAACACCAAUAAGAACUUGGGAAACUGCCUAUACGGAGUACAUCUUCCUCAGAUGUAUACUUACUUGCAGAGAGGAUGCGGGUGGCGCUGUGGUCUAAACCACAGAUUUGCUGAUGAGAAGGUCGGCGGUUCGAAUCCCCACGACGGGGUGAGCUCCCAUUGUUCGGUCCCAGCUCCUGCCAACCUACGUAGCAGUUCAAAAGCAUGCCAGUGCGAGUAGAUAAAUUGGUACCACUGUGGUGGGAAGGUAAAUGGCGUUUCCAUGCGCUCUGGUUUCCGUCACAGUGUCCCGUUGCUCCAGAAGCAGUUUAGUCAUGCUGGCCACAUGACCCAGAAAGUUGUCUGUGGACAAACGCCGGCUCCCUCAGCCUGAAAGCGAGAGGAACACCACAACCCCACAUUCGUAUUUGACUGGACUUAACCAUCCAGGGGUCCUUUACCUUUUUUACCUUACUAGCAGAGGCUUUCCAGGAUUCCAGGACAAAGUCUCCCCCAGGUUUAUCUGGAGAGACUGGGGGCUGAACCUGCUUGUUUGUUUGCUUACUUAUUUUAUUUAUAUCCCACCCCAAGGAGCUCAAGGUGGCAGUACAUAGGUUUCAUCCCCCCCAUUUCACUUUUAAUUUGUAUACCACCUUUCUGUAUUACUAUGCAUAAGGCAGUUUACAGCAACAAAAUAUGCAACACACACCUUAUAAUAAUCUGAUCCAAUACAAAAAGUCAUAAUACAAUGUACCUUUAAAAUGGAAUGACUUAAAUCAAGUAAAGCAACAAUCUAUGAGAAUAUAGUAGUACACAAUAAAUUUAACUCUCCAAACAUCAGCAAAUAACAAUUAAGCAGAAAUUCACUCUUAGCAAUGACAAUUUAAAUAAUUACUAAACUAUGAUCGAUAAAAGUAACUGCAAGUCACAAUGCAUAAAAUACCUCAGAACAUACAAAACCCUGUAAAAGGGUCUGUAAUGAGUAUGGGUUGCUCGUGCGUAAGUUGCCGCCUCUCCAGGCUUUGUUGCCUUGCUAAACCUUUCAGUCUGGGCAGCCCUUCACUUCGUGGCUGCCUCAGUCGCUAGCAGAAUCCGUCAGUGGGCGUUUCUUAAAUCUUUUCCAACAUAAAAGUUGUUUGACACCCAGUCUCCUCCUACUCUCUCUGCGCGGAAGUCUUCUGCGCAGGGUGGGCGUGGUUAGCGGGGGACCAGUGCGCUCCCCGCUGGUGUCCGGUGAAUAGUCCUGGAGCCCUAUCGCCGAUUCCCCAAUCAGCCCCUCCUUAUCCCUGGUGUAGCGCUGAUUUGCUUCCCCAUCUGCAGAGCUGCCUCUCUCCCUGCUGGGCCCUUCUCCAGCAUCAUUUGAGAGCCUUCCCUCCGCCUCUAGCUCCGAUGUCAGUUCCCUGACAGGGUCAAAUUGAGAAACGAAGACACACCAUUUAUAAAACUAUUUUUUCAAAUCCCUAAACUCCUCCCCAUUUUAUCCCCACAACAACCUUGUGAGGUAGGCUAGGCUGAGAGGCAGUGACUGGCCCAAUGUCACUAAGUGAGCUUUAUGGCAGAAUGGGGAUUUGAACCCUGGCUUUCCAGGUCUUAGUCCGAUGCUCUAACCACUACACCACACUGCAAUCUACUGCAUGCAAUCGGGUGUUCUGUUACUGAGCUAAGUCCCUUCCCCAAUCCAACACUGAGAAGGAUUGCCUAGAAGCACCCUGUUGCAAAAGGCGUGCCGAGAUAUCAUAAAUGGGUUGUUGCCAUCAGGCUUUUUGUAAUUGGAUUCCCUCCAGAAAUGGAAAGUCUGGGUUAAACUUGGGGGGCGGGACGAAUAUAUGCUAGCAUUGAGAUAGCCGCAUUGUAUGAAUGCUGCAAAAAAACUUCCAUGCACAAGGAGCACUGACCCCACCAUAAACAUCUACCUACAUCCAAUUAUGUAGAUUGAAAAUUCCCUUGAAAACAAUACAGUUUCCAUCCCAUCGAAGUAAAUGGCAAAUUUUGGUUGAUUUUACUGGAUUUGGAUAGACCUGCAAAGCGUAUAGCUUUUCAUAAACAAAUGACCUUCGCUUUUUCGCAUAGCUGCGUAGAUGGAAGGCGUUUUUAAUUUUUAUUCCAGUGCAGAAAGCUAGUUGUUAAAAACAGCUGAGACCUUGCUGCCAUCUGCAGGACAGCUGGAUAAAUGCUGCUGACUGCUGCUUUAUAAAGUACAGUGGUACCUCGGGUUAAGUACUUAAUUCGUUCCAGAGGUCCUUUCUUAACCUGAAACUGUUCUUAACCUGAAGCACCACUUUAGCUAAUGGGGCCUCCUGCUGCCGCUGUGCCUCAGGAGCACGAUUUCUGUUCUCAUCCUGAAGCAAAGUUCUUAACCUGAAGCAUUAUUUCUGGGUUAGCGGAGUCUGUAACCUGAAGCGUAUGUAACCUGAAGCGUAUAUAACCUGAGGUACCACUGUACAGUAUAAUUUGCCAUAGGUUGAAACAGACCAUUGGGAGAACCCUAUACAUGACACCUGUCUACAGAAGGAGCAAAUCAGUCCUGAGGGAGGAAUAGCAUUUGUAUUUACAGGGUUCUGCCUCGCCCAUUUGCUUCAGCCAUUAUUGCUGGUUACUAUAGCGGAACUCAUCAGAGUUUAACAAGAAAUGUCUUUACUUUUGAAUUAUGGUGUUGGAGGAGACUCUUGAGAGUCCCAUGGACUGCAAGAAGAUCAAACCUAUCCAUUCUGAAGGAAAUCAGCCCUGAGUGCUCACUGGAAGGACAGAUCCUGAAGCUGAGGCUGCAAUACUUUGGCCACAUCAUGAGCAGAGAAGACUCCUGGAAAAGACCCUGAUGUUGGGAAAGAUGGAGGGCACAAGGAGAAGGGGAUGACAGAGGACGAGAUGGUUGGACAGUGUUCUCGAAGCUACCAGCAUGAGUUUGACCAACUGUGGGAGGCAGUGGAAGACAGGAGUACCUGGCGUGCUCUAGUCCAUGGGGUCACGAAGAGUCGGACACGACUAAACGACUAAACAACAACAACAAAUAGUGGAACUCAGUUUAACAAGAAAUGUCUUUACUAGGCCAAGAGAAUGCCAAGUGAAACAUCUGGGGACUGAUCUAGGGAAUGGCUAAAUUUUAUUUUAUGUGGGGAAAUUGGCCAUCGUUGAGUAUAAACUGAAACCUGCAAGGCAACUAGGCGAGCCUGAUAGUUUUGUUGUUUCUUCCUACAUUCCACCCAUCCAAAAAAUAAAUGUUACUUUUUAAUAUGGUUGCAGCAGUAAAUCUCCAAUAUGCCAACAACACACCUAUUCCCCACCCUCCCGUUACAAUAAUAAUGGCAAUAUCAGUUUUUAAAAUGUAUUCCACAAUUGAUUGUAAAGGUGUUUCUUUGGUACAAAGAAACGGAGGGAAAGGUAAGAGAAUUAAAUAUGCACUGCGAUAUGUAAUAAGACUUUUCUGAAGGGAUGGUUCUACUUUUAUUGUAAAAGUCAUAUAAUUUCCAUCAAUCUUUCAGCAAAUCUGAUGGCGAAAAGGAAAAAGAAAAGGACACAGUGUCCAAGGAAAAUAAGGACAGCCAAGAGAGAAAGAAAGAUAAAGCUGAGAAGAAAAAUAAUGAAGAGGAGUAAGUGUUUUUCAGGGCUGAAAAUACCUUAUAAUUUUCACUUGGCUGGGCCUCACAGUGCACUAGUGACAUUACUAUAUAGCACGGGUAGCCAAUAGGGUGCCCUCCAGAUGCUAUGGACUACAACGCCCAUCAUCCAUGACUGUUGGUCAUACUGGUUGGAACUGAUGAGACUUGUAGUUCACAACAUCUGGAAGGAAAUGUGUCAGCUCCCCUUGCUAUCCAGGAACAUGUAGGCUAGGUCGAUGGCAGGCUUAUGGGCUACCAUAGGAAGUUACCAUACUAUUUUCACUUGACCCUGUUGCCUCUUUAGCUUCCAGCACCUCCUCCUCCCAGUCUGCUCCCUCUUCUCCCUCUGACAACGCAUUGUUGUCCCACCACCAAUCCCCUGGCUCUGCGCCUGCUUUCUCUGGGGGUUCACCAGCUGGUGCCCCCUCACCAUUCCUCUGCAUCCAGCCAGCCCAAGACAUUUGCCCACUAAAGAAUCUGACCGUUGGUCUGAAAAAGAUUUGCCACCCCUGAUUUGGAGAAAGCAUGAUGAUCCAUCCAAAGUUAAGUACUUUUUAAUAGUGUAGUUAUGCCCGUCUACUCAGGAGUAAGUCCGAUUAGAUUUGAUGGCAUUUACUCUCAGAGAAGUGUGUACUAGACUGCAGCAUAUGUUUCAGUAAACUCCUUAAAAUCAAUAGGAAAAUGCUGCUGGCUUUCAUUUAUUAUGGCUGUUAUGUAUCGCUUGCUUCUUAAUAUAUUAAUUUCCUUCUGCUUGCUGUUUAGGGAGAAGAAAGAGGUAUUUGUUAUUGAUCCCUCGGGAAACUUGUAUUACAACUGGCUGUUUUGCAUCACUCUGCCUGUCAUGUACAAUUGGAUAAUGAUCAUUGCUAGGUAUUUUAAAACGACACAGCGCUGCAGCGUAUUGAUUUAUAUUAGGUAUUUUGUUUUAUCUUAAACGGAUAAAUGAAAGGAAGCAAGACCCUUUCAACAGUAAAACAAUUCUGCAGUGUCUAAAGGGGAAACCCAUUAGAUGGUUCAGCAGCUAACUAAUGUGCUUGGCUAAUCUGAGCUGUGAACAAGGAAGACCUCAGCUCAAACUGUUACAUCCGACUUGAAACUUAGGCAGGCCACAAUAAACAUGAGUGCCAUUUCUCCCCUCACUUAUUGCAGUGUGGAGAAAGCAGUGCUUACUUGUCUGUAAUGAUUGCAGAUAUAAUGUAAGCAAAGAGCUUUGGACAUUUGGAAAAUGUAUACAAAUGUUGAUGAUUUGCUGAACCCUAUUGUGAUAAAUUUAGAUGCAGAGCUUCUCUGUGUAAUGAGUGUUGCCCUAAAUUUGAUUUUGCCUCAGCUGCAUAUGGGAUGAGAGAAUUUUGAUUUGAGCCAGGCGGACAGCGAAAAGAUGAUGCGAUUGCUCUGUCAUCCAUUCCAUCAGCAUAUCAUAAUUUGGUUAUUUUAAACCUAAGCACUGAUGAGCAAGCAGAUCAAGAUACAAAGAAUACGCUUCAACUAGUUCUCACAGAUACUUUGACCUGUGUUGGGAGACAUUUAUAUUACUUUAACCAAUGUUGGGAUUCAUUUGAUUUUUAAACCUCUUUUUGGCUGCAUUUUGCCAUUUCCCCUAGAAGCUCAGACCACAAAUGAGCAAAACAUCGUAAACUUUGGGAAAGUGUUCUUUUGCAUUGGCAUGGUAUGGGUUUGUAGUGGAAUAUAUACAAACACUUAACACUGGACAAGAGUGAAGUAAAAAGGUCACUCAUUGUGUACAAAUCAUGGGAAAUAUAAACUGAGAGUCUUCCCUCAGUCCCAUUGAAUUGUCUAAUACUGAUGGAAGUAGAUUUCUAUAGAUUACCCAAAUGCCCUUUGUUCUUUUGUGUAGGACAGAGGUAGGGAAACUGUGGCCCUCCAGAUGUUGUUGGACAACAGUUUCCAUCCUCCCUGAUGCUGGGCCAUGCUGGCUGGGGAUUUUUGAAAGUUGCAAUUCAACAACAUUGGGGUGGCACAGGUUCGUUAUCCCUAGUUUAUCCCUUUAAAGCCCUAUAUGGCCUAGGACCCUCAUACCUACGGAACCGCCUCUCCUGGUAUGUCCCACAGAGGAACUUACGGUCUUCAAACAAAAACAUCUUGGAGGUCCCAGGCCACAGAGAGGUUAGGCUGGCCUCAACCAGAGCCAGGGCUUUUUCGGCUGUGGCUCCGAUCUGGUGGAACGCUCUGUCACAAGAGACUAGGGCCCUGUGGGACUUGACAUCUUUCCGCAGGGCCUGCAAGGCAGAGCUGUUCCACCAGGCCUUUGGCCAGGGCACAGCCUGAAUCCCUCCUUUGGCAAUCCUCACAGAACGCUAGCCCAGUGGUUGCCAUUAAUCUGAUUUGAAUUAAUUUUAUAAUGAAAUGAUUUUAGAAUGUUUUAUCAUUUUACUGUUGUUAGCCGCUCUGAGCCCGGCUUCGGCUGGGGAGGGCGGGAUAUAAAUAAUUUUUAUUAUUAUUAUUAUCAAGGCCUGCAUUGCCAAAAUGCUUACUUUUAAAUUCUAAAUUUUGAAAUUCUGUUUCCUUUCUUACCCAGAGCCUGCUUUGAUGAACUUCAAAGCAACCAUCUAGAGAUGUGGUUCAUUUUUGACUAUAUAUCAGACAUUCUCUAUGUUGCUGACAUGUUUGUACGUACAAGGACAGGUAAGAGUAUGCUCUGCUGAAUCAUAUGGUCAGUAACUUUUUAUCUGUUAUACUACCUUGUUAAAAUGAAUAGCAAAGACAAGGUAACCUAGUAAGCUUUCUUUAGGGAGGGUUGUUCAAGACAUUGAAAGUGUCUAUGUGGAAAAUGGCCCAUCUUAAAAAGUCACCUAUUUCAUCACCAGAACUUAUGUAUCAUAUUCUGAUAAUAACAUCCCACAUUGCCUUAUCCAGCCAACUUAAGGCUGUAUCUUUAUAUAGUUCUAGAUACCCGGUAGGUAGCCAUGUUGGUCUGCCAUAGUUGAAACAAAAUUAAAAAAUUCCUUCCAGUAGCACCUUAGAGACCAACUAAGUUUGUUAUUGGUAUGAGCUUUCGUGUGCAUGCACACUUCUUCAGAUACACUGAAACAGAAGUCACCAGACCCUUUAUAUAGCAUUUAUUGGAAUAAUGAUAUUUUGGUUGCUCUCAUUAAUAAGUGACAAUGCAUAUUAAGGCAGGAUAGGAGUACCACCUUAUUUAUUUUCGAAAAUGUAUAGUCUGCUUUUAAGGCUUAAGUGAUUAAAAUGACUGUGUGGGCAAACAAUAGUUUAAACCUCCAAUGGCAAAAUGCAACAAUCAAAUAAAAUCAAGCAGCCCUAGUAAAUUCUUAACAGCUGUGGCUUAGAAUGCAGCAGAUCUCCUGCUCAGCCAGCUGAUUCCUGGCUCAGCCAGUGUUUGGUCGCCAACAUUAGCUCAGCUGAAGAUAGGCUAGUAUAACUUGCACAUCAUGACUCACCUGGCUGAACCAAAGCUUGCUGAGCUGAGGCUGGAUUAAGUUCAAAAACAGGAGAUUCCAGGGGUGUGGGGCGGGCAGCACUGGCUGGGGGUGGAAUUUAGGUUGGAUCUUAAGCCUGUUCAGCCCAGUCAUGGAUGUGGCAACCCUAUGUAAAACACUCUUUUAAAAGCUCGUUUCCCCUCUGCCAGGCUCAGGCACAGCAGCAGCCACCCCACAGCUGAAUGAGGUUUGGAUUUGGUCGGAUUCCAUCACAUACUGGUGAAUUUGGGUUGCAGAGUUAUACCUGAUUGCACAAUAACCCCGCUUUCCCAAAAACAUUGGUUUUCUUGUGAUUAGGGAAGUGAUGGAGCAAACAUGCACCGGAAAGUGUGGGAUAACACAUGCUUUGAUGAGCAGGAUGAACUCUCAAUAAACGGGUAAUCAAGCAGUGCCCACAAUUUCGUGGUUUGCAUGUCAUGGAAAAACUGUGAGGUUUUCCAAACAGUUAAAGUGGUAAAGGGACCCCUGACCAUUAGGUCCGGUCGUGGCUGACUCUGGGGUUGCAGCACUCAUCUUGCUUUAUUGGCCGAGGGAGCCUGCGUACAGCUUCCGGGUCAUGUGGCCAGCAUGACUAAGCCGCUUCUGGAGAACCAGAGCAGCGCAUGGAAACUCCGUUUACCUUCCCCCCGGAGCGGUACCUAUUUAUCUACUUGCACUUUGACAUGCUUUUGAACUGCUAGGUUGGCAGGAGCAGGGACCGAGCAACAGGAGAGUCGAACUGCCAACCUUCUGAUCGGCAAGUCCUAGGCUCUGUGGUUUAACCCACAGCGCCACCCACAUCCCAUUGAUACAGUGGUACCUCGGGUUAAGAACUUAAAACGUUCUGGAGGUCCGUUCUUAACCUGGAACUGUUCUUAACCUGAGGUACCACUUUAGCUAAUGGGGCCUCCCACUGCCGCUGCACCGCUGCCAUGCAAUUUCUGUUCUCAUCCUGAAGCAAAGUUCUUAACGCGAGAUACUAUUUCUGGGUUAGCGGAGUCUGUAACCUGAAGCGUCUGUUACCUGAAGCAUCUGUAACCCAAGUUACCACUGUAGUAUUGGUAACAGGAAAAACAGAAUAGUUCAGAAUUUUCACCCAGUUAUGGUUCCAUUGGAGUUCACAGUAUUAUGAAAAAAUUGGGUGGGGGGAAUGAAUACAGGUUUCUGUUUACCAAAUUCUGACAUUUACCUGCUUCUAGAUUCCUGAUUUGGUGUGGAACUGGAAAUACUGUAUGAUAAUAUUCUCACCACUUAGCAGGAUAAUACAGAUAACUGGUUUACCAAGGAGUUACUAAAUUAUCAUAUAUAUUUGCCCUUUGCCAUGUCAGUAAAAAUAAAACAAAAUUAUAUCACAAAGUUAUUUCUGCAUUUUAUUUUAGGUUACCUGGAACAAGGUUUGUUGGUGAAAGAAGAACUUAAACUUAAGAAAAAAUAUAAGGGAACGGUACAAUUUAAAUUAGAUGUACUUUCCAUCAUUCCAACUGAUCUACUUUACUUCAGGUUAGGCUUGAACUACCCAGAAAUACGAAUAAACAGAUUACUUAGAAUAUCACGUAUGUUUGAAUUCUUCCAGCAAACAGAAACAAGAACAAGUUACCCAAAUAUAUUCAGAAUUUCAAAUCUUGUCAUGUAUAUUAUAAUUAUUAUCCACUGGAAUGCAUGUAUGUAUUUUUCAAUCUCCAAAGCCAUAGGCUUUGGAACAGACACAUGGGUCUAUCCCAAUAUUAGCCAUCCUGAAUUUGGCCGGCUGGCUAGAAAGUAUCUUUACAGCCUUUACUGGUCAACACUGACCUUGACAACUAUUGGUGAAACACCACCUCCCGUGAAAGAUGCUGAGUAUUUCUUUGUCGUUGUUGACUUCUUAGUUGGUAUAUUAAUUUUUGCUACCAUUGUUGGUAAUAUUGGUUCUAUGAUCUCGAACAUGAAUGCUGCCAGGGAAGAAUUUCAAGCAAGGAUUGAUGCUAUAAAACAGUACAUGCAGUUUCGGAAUGUGAGCAAAGACUUAGAAAACAGAGUUAUCAAGUGGUUUGAUUAUUUGUGGACAAAUAAGAAGGCAGUAGAUGAAAGAAAAGUCUUGAAGUAUCUCCCAGAUAAAUUACGAGCAGAAAUUGCCAUCAAUGUUCAUCUGGAAACUUUAAAGAAAGUCCAGAUUUUUUCAGACUGUGAAGCUGGGUUACUGGUUGAGCUAGUCUUAAAACUACAGCCUCAGGUGUACAGUCCUGGAGAUUAUAUCUGUCGGAAAGGUGACAUUGGGCGAGAAAUGUACAUCAUCAAAGAAGGGAAACUUGCCGUGGUUGCUGAUGAUGGAGUUACUCAAUAUGUGGUCCUAAGUGAUGGCAGCUACUUUGGGGAGAUUAGCAUUCUUAACAUUAAAGGUAGCAAAGCUGGAAAUCGGAGAACAGCUAACAUUAGAAGCAUUGGUUAUUCAGAUUUGUUUUGUCUGUCUAAGGACGACCUAAUGGAGGCUUUAACAGAAUACCCAGAUGCAAAGGCCUUGUUGGAAGAGAAGGGAAAGCAAGUCCUUAUGAAAGAUGGACUGCUGGAUUUAGAUGUUGCAAACGCAGGAAGAGAUCCUGAAGAUAUCGAGGAAAAGGUCAACCAAAUAGAAGUAAUGCUUGACUGUUUACAAACAAGGUUUGCUAGACUUCUGGCCGAAUAUGGUGCUGCACAGCAAAAACUGAAAAUAAGGCUAACACAAGUUGAGAGCAUCAUCAAAGCGCCUAUGGAUUUUGAUUUAUCAAAUUUAGAAGAAACUGAAGAAUGA